AUGUCCUCCCCCGACUCGCGGCCUUCACGUGGCGAACCGGAUGAACCGCUCGCUGUCUCUUCGACAGCUGAUGCGGUGACCGACAGCAAGCGGACAGGACGACGCCGUGGGACGCGAACACAAGACGCCCUGAGAAGGCGUCGGGCGGCAAGAGCUGCCAGGCGUCGACUCAAGCGCCAGCGUACCCGGGCACAUCGCGAUAGUUCUGAGAGGCGUAGGACACCCUCAGUUACUGCGAACUACAGUCCUCAUAGUGGUGGAUCCACCAGGUCGUACUUCCGUAGGGACGUAGACCCCAGUGUGAUACGCAUGUACACCUGGAACGCUCCCACAGAGGUAGCGCCGCAGGGUCAAAAAGAUGAGUUUUGGGAUGUUGUCGAAGAAGUGGUGAGACUAGAACGUCCGGAAAUUGUCUGCGGUGACUUCAACGCCAGGCUAGGUUCAGAUCUCGCAAGGGAUCCGAUCCACGGCCUCGGCAAGGCUUAUGCCUAUGAGGAGACCAAUGACAAUGGAUGGAGACUAGUCAUGCUUGCUGCUGCCUCACAUAUGGGCCAUGCAGCGACUCAUUUUCUCAAGCCCCAAACUCACCUUGGGACGUGGCUUAGCCCGGUAGAGAAGUGCUGGCAUCAGCUAGAUCACUUCCUGAUCUGGAGCAACAGGAAACUACAAGUGCUGGAUGUUCGUGUGAGACGGACAGUCAUGGGGUCAUCUGAUCACUGUGCACUAGAACUCUCAUUUCGUAACACAGCAACUUGUCGGCCCACCCGGCGUCUGCAAGGACGGAAACUAGCCUCACGUUCUAUCGUUGAUAGACGGGCUUUUAAUGCGAAGGUCCGCGAAAAGGAAGCCCAGCAUGAGUUCGAGAUGGAUAUGAUCCAUACUUGUCCUCAGGAUGGUGCCUACUCAGACGUAGUCCAUGCAUUUCAAGCUUCCAUGCGUAAGCUGGAUGGGGUGAAAUCUUGUCCUGGAAAGCCCUGGUUCUCUGCAUCUCAUAUCGCAGCUGCAGUUAGCGAGAAAAGACUGAAAUGGAAGGCAUUCCUAUCUAGGAAGACGCCAGAAGCUUUCAAGUUAUACCGCGAAGCUCGCAGUAACGUGGUUGCAGUAGUGAAAAAAGCUGAAGCCGAUUUUAUAGAGCUGAAGUGCUCUCAGAUUGAGAACGCGGAAGCUCAACACGCUGUUGGGGAUGUCGAGCGCCUCAUCAACGAGUUGAAAUCUGGCCUAGGCUUCACACUGACCCACAGACGACAUGAUCUCCUCUCUCCGCAGGUGUUUGCAAGUCAUUUUACGCAACUAUUUGCUCCGAAAACUUGCACUCUACCUGUUCUUGAGCCAGUCGACCUUCCAAUAGAGCGUACGGGAGGGGAUGACAUCACCUUGAAUGAGGUGAAGGACUCUCUCUGCUCUAUGGAUAAUGGUAAAGCUCCCGGAGCAAAUGGGGUGCUCACAUCAGCUUUGAAAGCCGGUGGUGAGCAUUGUCUGAGGAUCUUACACCGCUUGUGCAAAGAGUGGUGGAGUGAACCGGAGACUAUUCUCAGAGUUUUAGGACAUUCCAUUAUUAUCCCUUUCUGUACGAAAGGUGAUAGGAAGGUAGCAGGCAACUAUAGGGGGAUAAAUCUGCUCGAUCAUAUCGGCAAGGUUUAUUCCGGAGUUUUGGGGCAGAGGCUCAAGCCUCUAGCAGAGAGUUUCGUUGGAGAGAAGCAGUUCGGAUUUCUCCCAGCGAAGGGCACUCUAGAUGCGGUUCACGUACUACGUCGAUGUCAGGAAGUCUGCAACCGGAAUGGUCGCAGAUUGUCCGCUGUCUUUCUAGAUUUGAAAGCAGCCUUCGAUAAAGUACCUCGUCCUGCGAUCUGCAGAGCUCUCAGGCUAGCCGGAUGUGAUGAGAAGCUCAUUUCAGCUAUCGAAUCACUACACCGUAAUACUGUUGCACAGGUUAAAACUCAGGAAGGUUUAUCUGACCCUUUCCCAAUAGAUAUGGGAACUAGACAGGGGUGCCGAAUAGCGCCUCUUCUGUUCAUCAUCUUCAUGGAAAUGGUGAUCAGAGAAGCCAACCUGGAUAUCAGCUUGAGCAUGCCUUGCGAGAGCGAGGGCAGUACGGAAUCCGUGGACCUCUCAUGUCUCCCGUUCGCGGACGACAUCGUUUUAUUGGCGGAUGAUGAUUCUAUUCUUCAGCGUAACUUGGAUAAGCUUUCGGCAGCUCUGACUAGGUUUGGCAUGGAAGUGUCCUUACCUAAGACGAAAUGCAUGAUCUUAUCUGAGGGAUUGGGUGAUUCCAAUCUGCGUUUGAAGAUAGGUGACUCUGACGUCGAAGAAGUAGAUAAGUUCGUCUACUUAGGUAAUCUCUUCCCGAAAGAUAGGGAUCUAGUAGCGCCAUAUCGGCACCGGGCGAUAGCGGCUCUUGGGAAACUAAGUAGUCUCGCGCUUGUCCUGAAGUCCAAUAAGGUGUCACUAGCAUCCAAGGAGUCUAUCAUAGAACGUGUUGUCCUCGCUUCGGUACUUUACGGUUUGGAGACUGCUCCCUACCAUGAAGAGUCGUUGAAGGCGUCUCGAUGUGCUCCUGAAUCGCUGCUCAAGCUUAUUGAAAGACGUGGUAGGCCACCUACGAUGUGGCAGACUAGUCUCAAAGCUGAGGCCAACCUGUUCAGGCCUUGUCCGGUGCCUGAGGUUCAUUCCCCUCCGGCUAUUGUAUUCGAGGACCCACCUGACUGCUUGCAGCAUACUGCCGACAUGAGCGCCUGUUUGUAUGCCCGGCAGAGUUCCACUCAGCUUCGUAUGGGCUCAAUUAUGAAGUCAUUAGAUGGCAAUCAACUGGUUGUGGUCUUCCAGAUAGACUCAUCUGUUCCGGGACAGUUGAAUCUUGAUAUUCCCGAGGCAAACGGGACGUUCUCGUUCCGUGUUGAUCUCCCAAGUGGAAUGAAGCUCACCAUAAACUUCACCAUCCCGUACUUCAGCGCAUCCGGCGGAUAUAUACCUCCGCCCAGAACAAAUAUCAAGGAACUUACCUUCGGUACGAUAUUAGCUAUCGAGGCGUAUGUACCGAAUUGGGGGUCGGUGAAAGCAUACACGGAAAGAAUUGGUAAAGCCCGUGCCUACAUCCCAGGACCAAAACACCCUGGCUUCGUAAAGAUGGCCCACCAUGCAGAAAGACGUGAGAGGGGCCUUUUCGCGGAAGUGAUAUUCUAUUUUGGCAUGUACACCCUAGACGGAGUGAACUGGAAACGCUUUUAUGCGUAUGCUGAUGUCAAAAUCCGUGGUGAGAGGGAUGGUACAGGUUUCGAUCACCAGGGACGACUUCACCUCUUUAACAAAUCAUCCUAG